AAAUUGUGCGUUCGCGGUGCUAAUAAAGCAUGUUCAGGAUUCAAAAUCCCGUAUUUAUCCUUUUUAUGAUAUUUACCACGAAAUAACCACUAACCUAUGUGGUUUCUACGUAAUUGUAUUUCGUGGUAGUUGACUUUAUACUUACAAUUUUAGAUAUUCAUAAAUCGUUCGUGGAGGAAAUAUAUACUGUGAACAUAUUCUGAACAAAGCAUGUGCGUGUGACACGUCCAAAAAAUAUUCAGAAUACAUUAGGAAUGUGUCCAAAUUAUCUACCGCGAACGAAGCUUAUGUCUAUGGUAGCUGUUUUUUUAGUUACUACUGGCAACACUGAUGUAUUUGCCUAUGACUUUUGACAUAAUUAUGAUAAGUAGAUAAGCAGUUGUUUGUUGGUAAAGCAAAGUGUAUUUAUUCUGUCGUAUUUCAUCAAUAAUAAGAUCUUUGUCUAAAAAUUGAAACGUCGUUCAAUACUACUACGUUAUAUUUAAUUCUAAUUUAUAACUAAUAAAGUGCAAUCAUUUUCCGAUUAUAAAUAACAAUGGGAGCUGUUCUGGGCCUUUGUUCAGCAGCACAGUUGGCGUGUUGUUGUACAAGUACAGCAUGUUCUCUUUGUUGUUCUGCUUGUCCAUCUUGCAGAAAUUCCACUUCCUCUCGCAUAAUGUAUGCUCUAAUGUUAUUAGUGGCUACAAUAGCUGCAUGCAUAACAUUAGCUCCUGGUCUACAAAAUGCUUUAACAAAGGUACCGUUUUGUACAAACAGUUCCUCCGUCAUUCCUACUUCUAUAGGGAUAGAUUGUUCUCAAAUCGUUGGUUAUCUCUCAGUAUAUCGAAUAUAUUUCAUUUUAACAUUAUUCUUCGUUUUAAUGGCACUCAUGAUGAUUGGAGUGAAAAGUUCGAAAGAUCCAAGAGCUGGUAUACAAAAUGGAUUUUGGGGUAUAAAGUUUCUUCUAGUAAUAGGCGGUAUAAUUGGUGCCUUCUUUAUUCCUGAAGGAUCUUUUGGCACAACCUGGAUGUAUUUUGGUAUGAUUGGUGGUUUCCUGUUUAUAAUAAUACAGUUGAUUUUGAUAAUUGAUUUUGCUCAUUCAUGGGCAGAAGCAUGGGUUGGUAAUUACGAAGAAACAGAAUCAAAGGGUUGGUAUGCGGCAUUAAUAGGAAUGACAUUAUUGAAUUAUGCCUUAACUAUUACUUGGGUCGUCCUUCUCUAUGUAUUUUAUACAAAGUCAAGUGGAUGUGAUUUAAACAAAUUUUUGAUUUCGAUCAAUUUGAUUCUUUCUGUGAUUGUAAGCAUAAUAUCUAUUUUGCCCGCCGUUCAAGAUAAAUUGCCUAGAUCUGGAUUAUUACAAUCAUCCGUAGUUUCAUUGUAUGUUACUUAUCUUACAUGGUCAGCCGUAUCCAAUUCAGAACAAGAAUGUAACCCUGGUAUGUGGGGUAUCUUUGGAAAACAUACUACUUCGAAAGGUAGCAGUGGAUUCGAUAUUAUCGGUUUGAUUAUUUGGAUGUGUUGUGUUCUAUAUUCUUCACUUCGUUCCGCAAGCAAAUCCUCCAAGAUUACAAUGUCAGAAAGUAUGUUAGCUAAAGAUACCGGAGCAGUAAAUUACGGAACUGACAGUUUAGUUGAAAAUGAAGGUAAUGAUGGUGGUGAGAGUGGCGACAAAAAAGUUUGGGAUAACGAGGAAGAAACGGUUGCUUACAGUUGGAGUUUCUUCCACGUCAUGUUUGCUUUGGCCACUCUGUAUGUAAUGAUGACUCUUACUAAUUGGUUCAAUCCGAAUUCAAGCCUGGAAAAUCUUCAUUAUAAUGCAGCUUCCAUGUGGGUAAAGACGAUUUCCAGCUGGCUUUGCUUAUUGCUAUAUGGCUGGACAUUGAUUGCACCAGUGGUACUAAGCGAUCGUGAAUUUUAAUUUCAUGAUUAAAAUAAUAUUAUAAAACACGAUCCAAUAAAUUUAACUGUUGUAUGUUUAUUGUACUAUAAAAUAUAAUCAACAAAUUUAGACGUAAAAAUAAUUUUAAGUAGUACCGACACGUGAUAUAACCAUAAAUGUAGUAAGUGUAAAUACUUAUAUUUUUAACGUUGUUCGAUAUUAGAAGUACUUUAAAUGAUUUGUUUAUUUCAAAUAAAUAAAAAUUUUAUCAUGUAA